CCCGCGGGCAACAGCCACUAAUAAAUUAAUUGAUAAAUCUCCUUCUUUAAAUUCUAAUAAUACUCGCAAUUGAUGAUUCCCAAGCCCUAUUUUAUAACCUCACUUCAAUAUAGUCCUUAAACAUUUGGGACCACUGACUUGCCUUACAUAUAUUUAUAAACAUUAUUAUCAAAGUAUAAAGUUCGAUUGUAAUAGCACUUUCGCAUUGACGUAAGAUCGUAAACAAUAUAAAAUAAAUACUGUAAUUAAUUACUUCCAAUCUGUUUCUUUUACGACAGGAAAACACCUUAUUAAUACAGAGAAUUAAAGGUUUUUGAACUCUGUACUAAUUGCUAAUGUGUCACGAUGUUCCAUCGUCAAGAUUAGCCCAUGUUGUGUAUUAUAUACUACACAAAGUCAACGAGUAGCUAGGUAAGAAACUUUAUUUAUCUACAGCAUUGGCAAUUUACAGUAAAUUAAAUUUAAAAAAUACAAUAAACACAAUAAAAAGCAAAAAAAUAUAUAUAUUCUGUUACUCAGCAUAUUCUAAAUAUAGCAAGCAUUCUAACAUUCUCUCCCAUUCAUCAGCAAACAGAUCCAAUCCUGGGUUGUUCUCUACGAACGCGUGGAGCUGGAGAGCACUUACAAUAUGCGCGCUAAGUGGAAGGUGAAUCGGGUUAUUGUGUUGAACUGAGAUGAAGUUGGUUAAAAACUAAAUUCGCACUUUUUUGCACUUGAAUCAGAGGGGCGCCCACAUAAGAUGAAUAAAUUUCUUGCCAACGUUGUCUCAAAAUAUUGUAAGUAGCCAGAUACAUAGACGUGAAAAUGUGAACACUACAUUAAUAGCACCUUUUAAUGAAUUAGCGAAAUAUACAUAGAUAAACGAAGUAAAGUAAUUAAUUCGUAUAUUUUAUUUUGUCUCGCAAACAUGUAUUGAUCGAAUUACAGUGUAACACGUGACGUCACUUCUGUGCAUCAUUUUUGAGAAGUCUUUGCGUCACAAGCGUUUCUUCUAUACUUUAAAGCAGUUUAUCUUCGUCAAUAUUGAUCGUUGAGAUGAGGGCAAAGAAAACCCAUAGUGCUGAAGUAUCUUGCAGCAUGGUUACAGACACCAUUUGUAAACAAAUGACGUAUCAUCACCACACUACGAGCAUACAAUGUUACUACUCAUAAACACACACACAGUUACAACUAGACACGGUUUACAUGAGCACGCGUAUUACAUCUCACACAGAGACACUUGUCUAGCAACAUUGCAUAAGUAUGAGGUAUUCUUAAACAUGUCUGUAUUUCAUAUUAUGAUGAUUAUCAUGUUGGUAACUAUAUCAUCGGGUUUGUUGUGAUUUAGUCUUAUAACAAGAGCACUAAAAAACAGUGAAGGGUGAGAAAGUGAGGUGGUGACAUUUAUAUUGCUGAAUUUCAUAAAGUGUUACUUGGUAAACCAUUAAACUAAUAUAAAAAACAAGUAUUUUUAUAAGGCGUCAUAAAUAUCGUUUUACGUUUUAAAACAAAUAACAAUUAAAACAAAACCCCAGUGCAAAACAAUUUGCGCAUGUACAUUUUCACAAAAGAUAAGUUGGACACGGGUGAUUUUUUUAAACAAUAUCAAUGUUAUCGUGUGACGUGGUGACCCCAUCUCCGGGGUCAGACGAGUACACUUAGUAUAUUAUUGAUGGUCCCGUGUCUCGCAGCCAGUCUGUAUCGUAAACUUAUCAACAUGCACGUCGCCACUACACUUAUCCUGGUAGUUUUGGCCACCUCCGCCGCGUCGGAGUCAUGGUCUCUAGUACCGACGUUCAAGAGCUUCUUUCAAGAACAAAGUGAUAAUAUGAAGACCUUCGUCACCACGAGUUACAACGACGCAGUCAAAAUGAAGGAUUCCGUUGACAAUUAUGUUGAAGAGCAACAACAGGUGAUCAGCGAUCACUUUCACGAUUACAUCGAAGAUAUAAAACAGAAAGGAAGAGAUGCUGCUGACCCAUAUUUCCCAGGUGAUGCUGAUGCGCUACUCGACAACCCGGAUGUCGUGUUGUCAGUUCCCGGGAUAAUCACAAGGAAUGGAUAUAUUUGCGAGACCCACACCGUCGUAUCUCAAGGAUACGUACUCAACGUACAUCGGAUUCCUCGCGCGAAAAACAGCAGAAACGUGUCGUCAAAAACUGUUCUUCUCCAACAUGGAUUGUUCGCAAGCUCUGCUGACUGGAUUAUGAAUGGUCCGGGGAAGGGACUGGCUUAUGUCCUAGCUGACGCUGGCUAUGAUGUGUGGAUGACUAACAUACGAGGUAACAGGUAUUCAAAAUAUCACACGACGUACAAAACUGACUCCAAAGCCUAUUGGAACUUCUCCUGGCAUGAUGUAGCAAUGUAUGACGUCCCGAAGAUCAUUGACUAUAUACUAUCAAUGAAAGGUGCAAAUACUAAGAUUGCCUAUAUAGGACACUCAAUGGGUACUACCAUACUUUUCGCUAUGUUGGCUGUCAGACCUGAGUACAAUAAAAUUCUAACGGCGGGACUAGCCUUAGCGCCUGUAGUUUAUCUGUCGGACAUGAAAUCUCCGUUAAGGUCCAUGGCACCGAUCGCCAACAACUUGGCAUAUCUGGAUAUGCUGCAAGGUAACUACGAGUUCAUACCCAAAAACUCAGCAUUAGGAAAGAUCUCAAGUACUUGCAAUGGAGACAACAUGGAUUCUCUGAUCUGCAAGAAUGUAGUCUUCUAUUUAUGCGGUUUUAACGAGCGCCAGUUUAAUAAGACUCUGUUGCCCGUGUUUCUGGCACAUCUGGGCACGGGUACAUCUUGGAAGACAGCGGUACACUUUUCACAAGAAAUACUCUCCGGUAAAUUCCAACAGUUCGAUUAUGGAUAUUUGAAGAAUAAGAAAAUUUAUGGAACCGCUUCGCCCCCGGAGUACGAUCUGAGUAAAGUUACUCUUCCUAUCAAGUUAUUCUGGUCCAAAAAUGAUUUGCUGUCAAGUGAAAGAGACGUGCAGAGACUUUAUGAGGAGUUACCUUCCAAACCUGACAUGUUUUUGGUGCCAGACGAGAUGUUCAAUCAUUUGGACUACCUGUGGGCUAUCGACGCCCCAAGGUUACUGAAUAAUGAAGUAGUAGACUCUGUGAACAAGUACAUGAACACCUUCUGGUUCAACAUCAAGUGAAGCGGACUCUUAGGAUAACUGAAGCUGGUUAUUACCAAAUAUAUUGAUCUCCUCAAAAUUCUACCUGCAUAGGUGCAAUGUGCAUUUCAAACACGGAACAAGUGACAAUGUUACUUGGUUAAAAAAGAAUUUGAAUGUAAACAGUUGUCAAAAACUCGUUGAUUUGACACAUUCUAUACGAAGGACAGAUUACAUUUUUUAAAUGGAGCAAUAACCGACUAUCUGUAUUGGUUGUUUCUAGCCAAAAUAACAACUUGCCAAAGUAGGUAAAAACAGAAACGGAUAAAGGAAGCUAACAUAAUCAACAUAACAAAUCAUGAGAAUGUCGGCGGGCUUCCGAAAUGGUCUUGAACGAGAAUAUUUAAGAGUAAGGAAUGAUGUAAGAAAGAAUUAUAUGGAUCUUACAAGCAGAUGGAGGCGAUAAAAAAAAAUAUGCCAACAAUAUGAAUACUAUUCACGGGAAGUUAUACGAAUCAAUUCGUUUAGUUCCGACGUAGUAGGCAAAGCUGGGAGGGCCCUGAUCCAUUGGGGUCAGAAAAACAAGGGUUCUAGGUACUUCCGGUAAACGAUGUAUUGAUAAGACUGUGAUAUUUUUAGAUUAAUAUACUAAUGUAUAAUUUUCUCGAAACUCGCCUUGACCCUAUUUAUACCGAUUAGAUUAAGUUCAGCGUCAUCAGAUGUAUUCUGAGAAAGAUAUUGUGUCUCGGAAUUGUUAUUAUGUAAUAAAUGAUUUUCAUAUGGA